UCCGGGUCUUAAUUGUCUAAUCAGUCAUACACAGUUUCGCGGAACCGAGACAGCAUGGCCACGCCUGUUACACAUGGAACUAUUACCGCUGCUCAAAAUUUCAACGCAGAGGCAGAAGCCGAGAAAUUGCGCAAAGCCAUGAAAGGGAUUGGAACGGACGAAGACGCUAUUAUUCGCGUGUUGACCUCCUGUUCUAACGAGCAGCGUCAGAAGAUAAAGCUGCAGUUCAAAACCAUGUAUGGAAAGGAUCUGAUAAGUGAUCUCAAAUCAGAAUUAGGAGGUCACUUGGAAGAUGGAGUGUUGGCACUGUUGGAUACACCUUUGGUAUUUGAUGCCAAGGAGUUGCGAAAAGCCAUGAAGGGAGCUGGCACGGAUGAAAGUGUUUUGUUGGAAAUUUUGUGCACUCGUUCAUCAGAUGAAAUUAAAGAAUUAAAGAAAGCGUAUCAUCAGGAGUUGAAGCGUGACUUGGAGAAGGAUGUCGUGUCGGAGACAGGUGGCCAUUUCAAACGAUUACUUGUCUCGUUGUUGCAGGCUAACAGAGAUUGUUCUACUACUGUGGACAAGGAUUUGGCUAUGAAGGAUGCUCGUGAUCUAUACGAUGCAGGGGUUGGCCAGUGGGGCACAGAUGAGUCAGUCUUUAACAAGGUGUUUGUGUCACGAAACUAUGCUCAGCUGAGAGCAACAUUUGUUGAAUACAGAGAACUUGCCGGUCAUGACAUCAUCAAAGCCAUAAAUAAAGAAAUGUCUGGUGAACUGGAGGAAGGUUUUCUAUCUAUUGCCCAAUCUGCUCUUGAUUCUCAAGCCUACUUUGCUGAACGUCUGUAUCGAUCAAUGAAGGGUGCUGGAACUAACGACAGUCAGCUGAUUCGGGUUCUGGUGUCACGGAGUGAAAUUGAUUUGGCUGAUAUCAAACUUCGCUUCCAAGCCAUCUAUGGUAAGCCUUUGGGUUCAUGGAUCAAAGGAGACACCAGGGGUGAUUAUAAGAAACUACUCCUGGCAAUUGCUAAAGAAUAAGUGUGUUUGGUGUCAUUUUCUGAAACUCGAAUUGCAGAUUGAGCUGUAGCCAAGUAUUUUCUUGAUUGAUGGACCAAUUUAUUACUCAAUGUUUUGUAUUUCAGUUUGCAAAUCUAGCAAUUGUGCAUGACAGUGCACAAUUGUUUCAUUGUCUUGUUUGUUGCUUUCUGUACUGCUGAGAAUGAAUUGUGUUUUUGGGAGAGAA